AUGUCCGGCGGGCGCAGCCUCCUCCUGGUGCUCCUGGCGCUGUCCACGGAGCUGCCGCCCGCCCCGGCCCAGCAGCACCGCACCAGGCACCGGGGCGCUGCCCCCACGGUCACUGCGGCACCGCGCCGGGCCCCGCGGGUUUGGCGGACCCCCGGUGCCCUGCGGGCCCCCGGCAAGGCGGGCGAGUGCCCGGCGGGGGGGAGCGGGGCGCCCCUCGCGCCCGGGCUGUACUGCCUCUCGGACCGCGGCUGCCCUGGCGCCGAGCGGUGCUGCCGGCGCGGCCCGGUCCGGACCUGCGUCCUCCCCAGCACAGAGAGCCCCGGCUACUGCCCCCGUACCGGCAGCGCCGGCGGCGGGAGCUGCGCCUCGAGCUGCCGCAACGACGCCGCGUGCAGCCCCGGCGAGAAGUGCUGCUCCCGCGGCUGCUGCGCCCGCUGCCUGCGCGCAGAGCCAGCCAAGCCCGGGCUCUGCCCGCGGAAGCGUGUCCAGAGGAGCGCCGUUGCCUGCUCCAACCGCUGCGCCGAUGACCGGGACUGCCCCGGGAACCGCAAGUGCUGCUUCUCCGGCUGCGGGCUGGCCUGUGCCUCCCCGGACAGAGGGAGCCGCCAUGCUGCGGCGAAGCCCGGCACGUGCCCUGUGGUGCUGCGGGGGUCCCUGGGACCCUGCCUGGAGCUGUGUGACACCGACAGCGACUGCCCCGGAACUGCCAAGUGCUGCACCACCGGCUGUGGACACAUCUGCAAACCACCCACCGAGGCGCAUCCCGGGCUCUGUCCCCCCAUGGCUGAUGGUGACCGGUCAGCCGACUGCCUCCUCCUGUGCCUGCAGGACCGGGACUGUCCCCGCAAGCAGAAGUGCUGCCUGCGGGGCUGCGGCCGGACCUGCGUCCCUCCGCUGCAAGGCACAGCCUAGCCCUGGCUGGGAAGGGCUGCACCAGGAGCUGGGUGCCAGAGCUGUUGUCAUCGCACCCUGUGGGUGAGCAAAGAGCUGCUGCUGCUCCCAGCACCAGCUGCCCCUCAUCUGUCCCUGCACCAGAUCCUCUG